CUUAAACCAUCCGCUCGCCUGUCUUCUCUCUCCUCCGCUAGAUUUUCUACUACUCCAUCCUCCACUUUCCUGCGUUCCAACUUCGUCCAGCGCUUUCCCGCCGCGAAUCCUUUAAGCCGCCGCUCUUUCUCUCAAUCUCACUCCGUCAAAUUCAACCCCACACAAUCCAACAUGUCUGACCACGGCAAGGUUCACCAGAUCACCUCCACUCAGGAGUUCAGAGAGAAGGUCACCAACUCCCAGGACGCCAUUGUCCUCGACUGCUACGCCACGUGGUGCGGUCCUUGCAAGGCCAUCGCCCCCAAGGUCGCCCAGUUCAGCGAACAAUACCCCCAGGCCAAGUUCUACUUGAUCGACGUCGACGAGCUUUCCGAGGUCGCUGCCGAGCUCGGUGUCCGCGCCAUGCCCACCUUCAUGCUGUUCAAGGGCGGCGAGAAGGUCAACGACGUCGUCGGUGCCAACCCCCCCGCUCUUGAGGCCGGUAUCAAGGCUCUCCUCGCAUAAAUUCGUUCGAAUGUGUGGUGAAGGAUGGUUUUAUUUUCUAGUGUAUGAAAUGACAAACGUUUGAACAAUUUAUACUUCCCUAACUGUGGGCUGCUAUGGGUGUAAUGGAUGAGGCUGGGUAUUUUCCAUGGCCGGCGAUAAGGACGGACUUUAGAUGUUAUCCUUGCCUUCGCGCUGAAUACUACGUGCCUCCCGACUACCUCAGAUUGAUCUUACCAUUGUAGUCGGAGUAAUUGAGAAUCAAUCUCCACAGAUGUCUGGUUCGAUGUUUGGUCCUCGUACCGUCCUUGGUAGUUCGCGCUGCAUGACUUGCGAAGAGUAGAC